AUGGAGGCUUUGACUUUCGCCAGUGUCAUAAUUGACAUCGUCGGCCUUGCCGUGAACAUAACAGGUGCUUCCUCGUACACUACUAUCGCACAGGGCCUCAAUCAUGCUUUCAAGGUGAAGUUAUUUGUUACAGAAGAAUUGCCAAUCCUUUCAGAGCUGCUAAGAGAGACGAAUUCAAUUUUUUUGAGCACUCAGCACCCAAUACCCGAAUCGGCCGUCUCUGCGUUGUCUCUUUGCAUGAACCGGAUGAAAGUCUUACAAGCCGUCUUAGAGAAAAACCAUGCUAUUCCUGAUCAAAAACAGCACCCCUCAAAAGCUGUCAGAUUUAUGCUCUCCGGGGGCAAAAUGUAUAAUUCUUGCCUGGCGUUCAAAGAAGCUGUUGUAUUUAUUAGAGAAAUUGCGACAAUGUUUCUAGUAACGGUAGUUGCAGAACAGCAAAGCCGUAUGUUAUCGAUGACUUUGGAGCUUCAACACGAACAAUUCCAACAAAGACAAGAAAUCAUCGCGUUCAUGACGAAGCCUACGCAGAAGCUCCAACCUGAAGAAUCCCGGUCUAGAGAUUACAAUGAUGCGCCAGGAAGUGAUGGCCCAAGUACGACAGUGGCUCAUCACCUUCGUCCAACACUUCUGGAGGAACAUAUCAAGGAAGAGAUCGAAGACCAACAACUGCAGGCAGAACUGCAACGGAAGAAGCUCGAUGAUGUAGAUUCGACUUUGUUUCUGAUAAAGCUCCUGCCAAUAUUUAACAGAAUCGAAGCCAGAUUUUCUGCCAUGUGUAAAUUGGAUACCGGGUCUGAAGUCAACAUUAUAGACCGCCGUUUUAUCGAAGAGCGCAAACUUGAGAGUCUUGUUGAGGUUAUUCCCCAAGAAUUCCAAAGACCAUAUCGUGGAUUCGGUGGUGGGCAGUUUACUUUUGACAGGAAAAUAAAGCUGCCUUUUACGAUGAAGCGAGCAGCGAAGGUUCAUACGGCAGAGUUCUUCCUGUAUUCCCCUCUGCCUUAUAAUAUCCUGAUUGGAAACACAUUCUUCAGGGCAGUAGUGGAAGCAGAUGAAUCUUACAAAAAUACAGUAGCUAUUAUCGUACCCGGAAAGAUGAAACUAAACAGAGAACAGGAGACACUGAGACAGAUACAACUUGACAAUCAAAAUCGAGUUGAUGAAGCGCUCAAGCAAGAGAAAGUUGAAAGAAGAAAGCGUGCACUCAUUGUCAGGCAACAAAAAAGGCUUCGAGAAGCCAGUUUCAGCGGCUCUUAUACGACUGGUCGUGCAUAUACAAUAGAUGAAAACUCCCUGACAGCAACACCAAGCUCUGGUGGGCCCCUAUAUAUCAUGCAAGCCGGGCAGAGUCCUGAGAUCUCCCAAUAUAUAGAACCCAGGACCAUGCCCAUUCCUGGAUUCAGCGUUCAAGAUAGGUCUAAUGAACGUGCCCAAAAAGAACAAGGGUCAAGCUCAAAGGAAAAUGGUCUCAUUUCUGAGAAGGGAAUCGAUAACACAGAUUUACCUCCCACGAAUAUCGAGUAA